AUGGACGACCCCCAGCAACCAGCUGUCACCGCUGCCUUUGCGCCCCCACCGCCCUUAUGGAAACACUUCACGCGCGAGAACCGCAACAAACUGGAGGAGAUCAAAAAAGAAGCUUCCAAAGGGACCAAUGGAGAGCCUGCGCGCGACAAGAAAUGGUCACCCGCGGAAUUACGCGAAUUGGAGGUGCCUGCAGAGCUGCGAUGUCUGGUGCCGCCGGAAAUCCCCACGGGGGAGUACUCGGUCUUUGGUGAACUACAGACUCGGUCCACAACUCUCCCCUCACUCAAGGAACAAGGCAUUGAUCAACUCUACCCUGAACCUGCUACCACCCAAGACAAAGACACUGCGCAACCUACCUCCAACCUGAAUCACGCCUACUACCUGCUGAAAAUCAGUAAAUCUCUUCUGCUCAACUUCCUUGAAUUCGUCGGAGCUCUCUCCGUCUCUCCCGAGCAGUUCGAAUCCAAAGUUAACGAUCUACGCAACCUCUUUAUCAAUGCACACCACCUCCUCAACCUCUACCGCCCACACCAAGCUCGCGAGUCCUUGAUCAUGAUGAUGGAGGAACAGCUUCAACGCAGCAAAGAUGAAAUUGAACAGAUGGACAAGGUCAAGGCCGAGAUCGAGAACGCUCUGGAACAAAUGCAGGCCCAGGCUGGAGAAAUCGACCCGGCCAGUACAUCUGCUGAACAGGCCUCGUCCGCAAAGAAAGAUACGCAGCAGGGCCUGGAAGAUGCUCGACAAGUUUGGGAUAUAUUGGACAAGGAGAUCUGA